UUGAAAUGGAACAUUCAUAGGCCACAACACAAGUGAAUUCCACCAUCCAAAUUAACAACGUAACUCUCUACCAAAUGGAUCAGAUGGAGCCAAGAGCCACCACCCACAAACCAAUAAAUCCGCUCCAACUCCAACCCACCACCAACAACAAAAUCCCUCACAAUCACAACCACAACAAGACAUUCCUCAUACUCCUCAACUGCCUCCUCCUCGCCGUCGGCCAGGUCGGCGGCCCCAUCCUCUCCCGUAUGUACUUCCUCCACGGCGGCACCCGAAAGUGGCUGGCCGCAUGGAGCGUCAACUCCGGCUUCCCCAUCCUCCUCCUCCCCAUCGCCAUCUCCCACUACACGACACGCCGCAAUAACCCUUUCGUCCUCACCACGUGGCUCUUCUGCUCCAGCGCCGUCGUCGGCAUCCUCUUCGGCGCCACCAACUACUUCUACUCCUUCGGCGCCUCCUACCUCCCCGUCUCCGUCAACUCCUUAGUCAGCUCCUCCCAGCUCGCCUUCACCGCCCUCUUCGCCUACCUCAUCGUCAAACAAAACUUCACCCACUACUCCAUCAACGCCGUCGUCCUCAUGACGUUCGGCUCCGUCAUCCUCGGGGCCCACAUGGACGGAGACAUCCCCGAGGGAGAGACCAAGACCAAAUACGUCCUCGGGUUCGUCAUGACGAUCGCGGCUGCCGCGUUCCACGGCUUCUCCAUCACGGCGUUAGAGUUCGCCCAACGGAAGUCCGGAGUCGCCGUCACGUUCGACGUGGCCAUGCACGUCCAGUUCGUGGUGUCGCUUUUCGCCACCAUCUUCUGCACCGUCCCCAUGGUUGUGAACAGGGACUUCGAGGCUUUGUCGGAAGAAGCGGCCGAGUUUGGUCUCGGGGAGACCAAGUACUACGUUGUCGUAUUCGGAGCGGUGAUGGCGUUGCAGGUUAUGGUGAUAGGAGGUUUGGGUUUGUUGCUGUGUUCUUCGUCGCUGUUUACGGGGCUGGUCACGUCGCUUCUGGUCCCGGUUCAGCAGGUGUUUGCGGUGAUCUUCUUGAGAGAAGGGUUUAAUGCGGAGAAGGCGUUGGCGUUGGCUCUGUGCCUGUGGGGUUUUGCUUCUCACUUGUAUGGAGGGUACAAGGCGAGCUUGAAGAAGAAGAAGAACCACGACGUAGAAGAUUAUGGUGAUGAUGAUGGGCAAGGAGCAAAGAGUAGUGAUCAUGCUUAGAAAUGGACUUUUAAGUGUAACAAGUGUUUUAAGGUGGAAAGUUGAGAGAGGCUCGUUUAGUUUGGGAGAGGCUAUAACUCCAUCUCUCUUUUUUAGUGGCGGAAUAAAAAAAAUCUCAGCUCGUGUAGCUCAAGAGAGAUUAUAAUCCGAUCACUUUCCUUUCAAUAAAGGAGCCAGGAGCUUGAACGGAGAUGAACAAAAAUAACCUGCAAGCUCAUCUAUUUUCUAAAUUUAUUGCAAGUUUUUACUUGUAUUUUAAACCACAUUUAAAAGGGUAUCGUUUGAAAAGUUGACAAAGCACUAUGCUCGAAAAGGUAUUUGUUGUCACGAAAUCCAUUUUCUCACUGUUCCACCAAAUUUGUGACAAUUUACAAAAGAUAGUUCAGAUUCGUCGUCGAAAUCCCGCAUUUAGCAGAGAAAAAAUUCUUCUCGUCAAACUUUGAAUCGCUGAAAAUCAUAUUCUUUGUAGUGAUCAGCUCGUCUAGCUUAGAAGAGGCUAUAAUCCAAUCUCUUCCGUUCAAUGAUGAAACCAUAAAUUUGAGCGCGUGUAACAAAAAGUGAGGUUAUAUUCCAAUAUCUUUCAUAUCAUAUUUGAUUUGACUUGACAAUGUAAUAUGGGAAAUGGGCUAGGAUAAUAGUUUAAUAACAGUAUAAUUAGGAUACAUUGAGAGUGAGAAAAUAAUUGUAUAGAGUUUUGAAUUAUAGUUUACUUAAAAGGCCUCUUAAGUGUACUUUCUUGAAUGAAGUGGGCCGACUUCUGCUACUAGUGUGAAGUUUGGGCUUUCCUCCAAAAAUAGGCCCUACUUCUUCAAGCACCAGAGUCCACUUCAUAGCGUCAUACAUGGAGACUUGACUGACUGACUGACUGACUGACUAUCAGUUUCACAAUGACGAUGAUAAUGACAAGAAAACCGGCCUGGGCUGGGCUGCAACUUUUUCCAAUCAAACAUACUCAAAAUCAUCCCACCUCGCUUGGGAACUAUUUUAAAAUUUAGGCAGAGGUCAGCCACCUCCUGAUCACCGCGGAACGGCGGAAUAGAAGAUGAUGUCGCGACGCCUAACUUGUCCUUUACCAUUAUUAGUUUGCAUUGCAAGCAGAGUUGGGCAUCAACACCGGCUCUGCUGCCAGCCAACACCAAUUGACCAACAGCACUACCGACGUCAAGCAGCCUAUUAGAAGAUCGGCAGCAGCUGCCUAUAAAAAAAAAGCAGCUCCUCUGCUCGCUCGCUCUUAUUCCGGGGGCAGAAUUUAGAUCAGAAAGGGAACACACUGAAAAACACAGAGAGAGACUUUGCUUUCCUUUUUCUUCCCUGGGCUGGGGCUGGAGGUGGAGGUGGAGCAGCAGAAGCCAUCAGCUGAAAAUGACGGAUCAUCAUUAAUAAAGACCAGACCAGACCAGACAAGAGUACAAGACCAGGUCAGUUUUCUCUCAAUUAAUCUCCCCCACAAUCAUAAUCAAUUUCUUAUCUUCAGACGCGGACAUCCCCUCUCCGCAUCAAUAACAUUCCCUCUUUCCACAAACAAGCAAAACCAUAACUGAAACGUCUUUUUCUCAAAGAUUCAUAACCAUAACCAAGCUUUGCAGAUCCUACUGGAUGGAACCCUCCAUCAAAAAAGGAAAUUAGGAUCACACAGAAACGAACCCAGAAGGGCAAAAACAACUCAUAGGCGGGGUGCCGCGCCGCCGCUCUCCUCUGCUUCCUCCCUUUCUGCAGAUCGGCCCCCUCGCACCCAAAGGAAGAUAAAAAUUAAAACCAAAUCAUAAGUCAGAAUACACUAGGCAAAAACUGAAUCACCUCUAGAAAAGAAAACAACCAAAAUCGAAUGAAGGAGGCCUACCCAGAGACCAGGGCUCUCUCUCUCUCUCUCUCUCUCACGGUCAGCAUCGUUUCCAGUGACGGUAGAAAGAGAGAGACAGGGGAGCUAAAAUAGAUUGGAUUUCUUCUCUGUCUCUUGUUGUUACUUCAUUUCCUUAGAAAAUACGAUGUGGGGGAGAAGAGGACAUCACAAGAACAAGAAGAAGAAUGAAGAGAGGCGGCGGCGGUCGGUCGGUCGGAGGGUUAGAUGGAGGAGGCUAUGGUUUCGGUUCAGAGCUACCGAAACGGAGAGGAAGAAGAAGACUUUCCAAAGAGGAAGCUGGAUUGGAAUGGGAUUAGAUAUAUAAAUAGCUAUAUUUACCCUUUGCCCCUCCAUUUCCCGGAAAUUACAAUCUAUCAUGGUUGUCAUACCGGUGGCAUGCCACCCGAUUGAACCUGGUUGAACCUGUGCCGGUCAUGAAACCGGCAUGACAACACCGGUAUGACCGGUAUGAUCGACUUAACCAUUCUAAGUAAAAUGACAUCAUUUUAAUGAAUUUAAUGAAUAAAAAAUUAAUUUAUUAUUCAUUUUUUAAUGUAAUAGUUAAAAGUUGAUGAUAUUUGUUGGAUUGUAACUAAAUUGUCCACAAAUAUGUUUUAUAUAUGAUUAGAUACAUUGGAUAUUAAUUGUUUUCACAUUUUUUUUAAACCGAUAUGAACCGGCACAAACCGGUUAUACCACCGGUCGUACCAUUCCACUUGCAAAACCGACACAAUGAUAUAAACCGGUUUGACACCCUUGCAAUCUACCCACCUCCCCCUGCUUUUGUGAAAAGGCGAAGGAAGCGAGGGCAAGGCUGAAGGUAGUAAGAUAUCAUGGCCUCCAGCUAAGUAGCAAGCAUCUUCUGCCUCUUUAACUAUUGGCCUACCAUGUGUUAACCCUAAUACAAGUUGUCAACUCAUUUUAAUUAGUUGGUUGGCCUGGCUAAGAAAGUGGAUUGAGGGUUAAUGACAUAUUGAUAUGGUUUGUGAAAUCGUAUUUGUGGCUCAAUCGUAAAUUAACAGUAUUGAGACUAAAUCGGUAUAUGAUAUUUAACGGUAUUAACGGUUGAAUUACGGGUUUAUCAUAAAAUAUUUUAUAACUAACUUUUCUGGUACAGUCUCCGGGACGGUUUCACUAAUUUUGGUUAAUGUUAAUAAUUGUUUAGCCCUGAUAUAUGGAAAAAAAUUCUUAUACUAUUCUUACAAUAAUAAAUUAUAUUGAAUUGAUGAAUUCCAUCUAACAUAUGAGCAUCAACUGAUCAACAUAUAAUAUUACACCAAAAUAACAGUUUGUACUUGAAUUUAACAUAUAGUGAAAAUUCAAACACCCUUAUUGUGAAGCCAAAUCUCUGCAAACUGACAAAACUUUAUUCAAUGUAGAAAGAGUGUUUAAAUACAUCAUACUCCUAUCUUCUAUUUGCUGGGAUGGGAAAACGACUCCUAUCUUCUUGCCCACUACCCUUAAGAUACGCUACUCACUAACAGAACUUUGACUCAGCAAGUUUGCACGAUUGCUUGCUGUAUCCUAUCUGUGCUAACCCUUAAACGACGACGUUCUUGACUAAUUUACUCUUAAGCAAACACAUGUGCCAAAUAACCCAUGUUCCUUGUUCUAACACUUAUAUCACAUCAAUAUUCAAAUGUUCAAUUUAGAAUUCCAAAUUGAUAGGCAUAUGAUCAAAUCGAUAUAAAAAAGAACGGAACAACCUUUUUCAAUUCUUAUUUUUUAGAAUAAUUAGUUGAACAACAUAUUAAUUAUCCUUAACAUUUCAUCAAACUUAAAAUCAUACAACCCUCUGUAUUUAAAAAAAAACUUGAAUGUAUUUUUAAUUAACAAUCAAAUUUCUAAAUUGUAAGUCAAUCAAAUUGUAAUUAUUAAUUUGUGCUUGACCAGUUGAUUUGAGUCGUGGUUUUUUUUUUUCUUUAUCUCACUCGUAGUUAUCUUACUCGAAACUCUUCUUUAUUAUAUCAAGAACAUGUGAGUGGUGUUUAAUUUAUGAUUAAUACGAGCAACUAGCUUAACAAAAAUAGUAUAGUUAAGUUACACAAUAAACGCCAAAUUAUGGAAAGUGUCAAGACAUUAAAGAUGAUGGAAUUUCUUAAUUUAAAAUCAAACAUUUAAUGGAAGAAUCACUUGUAUAUCCUUUCGGUACGCAUGAGCUAAUUGAUCUCUUUGGAGCUCAAUAGAAUAUGCAGAGAUGCCAUUUUGGAAAUUAGCUUUCCUAGACAAGUUAUUAGAGCAGAAAGCAUAUAAUCCGUGUGGAUUUGUCCUACCUCCCUGAUCCUCUGUUUUGGCCUUGUUUAAGUUUGUCCUGAGCUUUUGUGGUCAACUCCUGGCCGUUAGGAGUUUGUAAUCCUCUGGCGCUUGCCUCCCUUCAAUAAAAUUUAAAAAAAAAU